CAAGCAGAUGAGACUCUGGAUUUUGAAGAACAGAUCCUGGAAGCAGCUAAAUCCAUUGCAGCUGCUACCAGUGCCCUUGUGAAGUCAGCUUCAGCAGCCCAGAGAGAACUGGUGGCACAGGGAAAGGUUGGAGCAAUCCCUGCAAAUGCAGCUGAUGAUGGACAGUGGUCUCAGGGACUUAUUUCUGCUGCCCGAAUGGUGGCAGCUGCAACCAGCAAUCUCUGUGAAGCAGCUAAUGCCUCAGUACAAGGCCACGCUAGUGAGGAGAAGCUCAUCUCAUCUGCCAAACAAGUGGCAGCUUCUACAGCACAGUUGCUUGUGGCUUGCAAAGUGAAGGCUGAUCAUGAUUCUGAAGCCAUGAGGAGGCUACAGGCUGCAGGAAACGCUGUCAAGCGAGCAUCAGACAAUCUUGUCAGGGCAGCCCAAAAAGCAGCGUUUGGGAAAGCAGAAGAUGACGACAUUGUGGUCAAAACAAAGUUUGUGGGUGGCAUUGCUCAGAUCAUUGCAGCCCAAGAAGAAAUGCUGAAGAAGGAAAGAGAGCUGGAAGAGGCAAGGAAAAAACUGGCUCAGAUCCGCCAACAGCAAUACAAAUUUUUACCCACCGAACUGAGAGAAGAUGAGGGUUAACCUGCUGAGAUUUUAUAUUUUUUGUUUUCUUCUUCCUUCCCCUUUUUUUAUUUUCUUUUAAAGAAAUAAGCUAAAGUGAGGACAGUACAGUGAGAACUGCUCUGACAACAUUCUGGUAUGCCAAGCACUUACCUAAAUAAACUGUCUGUCGUAGCUUUGGAUGAGCAGAGGGCAAUAAACGCUUGUUCUUUCUCCUCUGGUCAGCUAAGGUGCAUGAUGAUCAAAUAAUGGUACAGUGUUAGGUUCAUCAUUCCUGUUCCUUCCUUGACUUAUAUUUCAGGAGAGAAUGUUUCACUUUUUACUAAAGAUAUUAAGUCAGUAUUAUUGUCACUUUCCUGAUGCUUGAGGUAUUUAUCAUUCCUUGACUUGCUAUAAAACAUUCAUAAUAUUAAUAGGAAAACAGUCAAGAAAUCAUUCAUAUGAUAAAUAUCACAUGAGCUGGUGAUUCUCCCCCAACUACCCUUGCAAAAAGAAGACCAAGAUGGAGAAAGAUGUAUGUCUGAGUGAAGAAACAUGCAUGAGUGUGGGUUUGAAGAAGAUGCCUGUCCUCUUGCAGUGUUAUAUAGCUGGUUCACCCCAAAACUGGAGGAAUUGUCUCUGCACCUGUUUGCACUAGUAGUAUUACUCCUUACCUGAUACCAACAAGCUUCUGCUUGUACAGUAUUUAGGUUUACAAAACGUGGCAAUAGCCAUUCUUUAAAGAGCUUAGAAAACAAAGAAAUGGAAACCUUGUCACUGCCUCAAUAAUAGUAAGUUCAUGAAGGAAAAUGCUGUUUCAAUUAUAUACCUCUAAUGUGUGACUACUUUUACAGUAUUAUACACACAUACACGUGCUCUAACAGUGGACUGAAUAGUUUGCAUUUUGUUUUUUAACUGAAGUUAUCUGGUUCAUACUGUGGGAUUUCUGCUAGAAUGUAUGUUGGUUAAAAAAGGGAAAUGCCCAGUACAACAGAAGACUAUCACAACUCUUGUUAUUCUUUUAAUAAUUUCAUUUAUAAUUAUUUUGUUUUGAAGCCUGUGGGUAUUAUAGGAGAAAAGAAUAAGUGAUUUGCAAGUAGACUUUUCUUGUAAUAUAUUUUAAAAUAAUCUGGACUCCAGGGAGUUUGUUUUCAUAGUUGAUAUUGAUGAAAAAGUACU